UUGCUGAAAAAGAAUACAGCACAACCAUGUGUAUACAUUGAUUUUCGGAAAGUCGAUGAAUAUAGUUAUUUAUAAAUGACAUAAAUGGAUUCACCACAGUUUGAAAUAUACUUUCGGUUUCAGUUUUAAAUCAAAGUAAAGAUAAGGCAGGAUGCCUUACAUACCGCUCUCCAUGUCGGCAAGUAAAUCAGAAAAUUGUUUCAAUGUGAAUCCGUCAUAUACAAAAACUACAGAGAAAAACAGUGAAAACAACAGCGUGUUGUGUAAUAGCGAUCAAUGUAAAAACAUCGAGCCUAAAAGGAAAAUCUCAAAAUGUUGUUUAUAUAUUAACACACUUUCGAUUCUUUCGAACAUAGUAUUAUUGAUAAUCGUUUCUACAACCGGGGUAGUUUUGUUUCAUUUCAAAUCAGGCGUUGAUCGUCAGAAUAUAAAAAAGCCAUCGGGAGAUUUUAUACUUCUUCCGUGUGAACGAAAUUAUACAAAUCGACCAAGCUCUAAGGAUAUUUCAUACUGUCAGAAGGCGUCGGAUCAAGCAGUAUUUAACUUACUAACACUUUUGACAACGGAAUACAUUGGAAGAAGAAAUUUAAGCGAAGAGCAACUUUAUAAAGAUGGUAACCGCCCUGUUCUUCGACAAAGACUUGGUAAAAUGUAUUAUUUGUCGAAGAAAAAUGCAUCAGAAGUAACACUGAUGAUGCCAAAACACACAGGAGAAGAUAGCCUCUACAACAAAACAUCGCUGACAGUUCAGUCAGACGGAAUAUAUAUUAUAUAUGUAUCAUUGCAGUAUUGUUUCAGAAUACGGAACCAAACAUCUGAUUAUGGUACAGUGUCCAUGCAGAUUGUUCGACAUGUAGAAAACAAACAACGUGACGAUAUAUUAUUUCACAAUAAUGUACAUUAUGGCAGUGGACCUCUUUCUUUUAUUCCGGAAAAUUGCUUACUUCCCGUGAAUUUGACAAAGGGCGACAGACUAUCCUUGCACGUCACAAAUAUACAAAGUUUUUACGAGACGAGAAUAAGCAACGUCUUUGGUUUACAAGAAAUCAGAAAAUAUUAAUUCGACAGUACUUGUACUUAGUUGGACAUAGAAGAUUCAGAUUUGCAAUGAACCAUUCUACAGCGAACCUUCCUACAUCUAUGGAGAAUGUUUGUAAAACAACACUUUGUGUUUGUACUUUACUAGUUAUGCUUUGAUACAUUACAUUAUCUAUCCUUAUUAGUUUUAUACUUGGUUUGGUGUGUUGGUUGGGGUGAGACUAUACUCGACUUGGUGUAGUGAGUGGAUGGAUGAAACUUGUAGGUGUAUGUAGAUGACAAGUAACUGUUCUAUUCGUGUUUUUAGGACUUUUAUCCUACCGCUAGGUUUUCUGAAAUUGUCCGGUUAUUAUGUUACCUUUAAAUAAAAACACAAAGUUCUGUUCAGUUGGAAUACACAGAUAGUACACUAACUGAACAUGCACACUUGUGUAUAUAGUACCCGGAGAAAUUAUCCCAUUAAUCAAAUAAAGUAAUAAAUGUCGGUACUAAACUUUUGCAUCUUUGAAGUGACUGUUGAAUUACCCUUAUUUAAACUCUUAACCUCCCCAAUACACUUAAAAGUAAUAUGUGUAAUGGGAUUUACGCAACAUGGUCAUUCAGUAAUCUGAAUCGAGUGUUUACUUACAUCAUAAACCCCACUGGCUAAAUUUGUACAUGGUCUAUAAAAUUUUAUACAUGGUCAUUUAUCUCUGGACAAGUGCAACUAAACUAUGUAUACAUUAUACUUCAAACUUUGAAGAAUAUUUAAUGAAAACUUCUCUAUAAUAUUAGUUUUAAACUUCGGUUGUAACUGUUUUAUUGCGGCGGUUGUUUAGCUGCAUGCACAACGUUGCUUAUAUGAUUAAUAUAUAUUUAAUGAGGCCAUCAGAUCGAACUACAAAAAGUAAUCUUCAUCAUGUUUUUAAGUUCAUAUUUCCAGUUUCUUUUUUCUAGGUUAAACACAUCUUAUCUAAUGUUAAACACCUCUAAUCUAAUGUUAAACACAUCAUCUAAUUUUAAGCACAUAUAAUCUAUUGUUUUACAUUUUGUCAUGUUGAGGCUUUUUACAGCUGACUAUAUGCGCAAUGGAUUUAGCUCAUCUAUGAAAGCCGUACGGUGACAUAAAUUUACUUACAUCUUUUCUCGUUUGGCCUCUGGUGGAUAGUUGUCUCAUUGGCAAACAUAACGUAUAUUCUUAUUUCUUAUUUUUAUAUUAAAUUACAUGAGGCAUUUCUUUAGAACGCAUAUUUUGUUUAUUUAAUCCUUUAAAUUUGCAGAUCGGUAACACUUUGAUGUCCUGUUCAUCCAUCCUCACUGCUUAAAUCGUUACCAAAUAAUAAAUGAAUCCCUCAAAAUAA